AUGGAUGACAAUGAUAAAACAAGUCCUUUGAAAUUCAGAUUGUAUCGAUGCAACAGAGAAUUAAGUGCUCAGGUGAAACAUCGUCUUGAAGUAAAUGACAUUGCAGAAAUAUCGCUACCCAAAAGUUUCAAUUAUGCAGUUGUCGAAACAAGUGGAUAUGAGAAUAUGACCUACAUUGAGAAAGACUAUCGAAAUUAUGUUGAACGAGAUAGGCGGCUAAGACUUGGAGAAGGUGAUGUCGCAGCAAUACAGUCAUACUUUUCGACUAUGCAAGCACGAUGCUUAGGGUUCUAUUUCAGUAUUGAUUUGGAUGAGGAGUCGCAUCUGAAAAAUGUAUUUUGGGCAGAUAAUAGGAGUCGACAAGCAUGUAUGGAAUUUGGCAAUGUUGUCACAUUCAAUACCACAUACCUAACGAACAAGUAUGAAAUGUCGUUUGCCCUGUUUGUUGGAGUGAACCAUCACGGACUGUCUAAUCUCCUCAAAUGUAAUCUCAUGUCGAACGAGGAUACUGAUACAUUUGUGUGA